CAUCCACCUCCCCCCGUUGAUCGAGCACCCCGUCCAAUCAUCCCUCCCUGGCCGAAAUUCCCAUCCAAGUGGGCCAUCUUUCGUCUUCGACACUCAUUCUCGUCUGACAUUUCACUCUUGUAACGCGUAAUCAAUUGCGCUGCGCAAGGUCAGACAACAAAAGACAGGGCAAGGAGUCGAUCUUCUGUCGCCCGCGACAGCAGCUUUCCCUCGACUUGAGCAUCAUGGAUGGAAGUUCUGCCAAUCCAGCUGCGGCGCCUGAGAAUCUUCACACUAUGACUGGUACAGAAGGUGCUGCGGAUGCAGCCAACACUUCAGCGGCGCAAUCGCGUCAGGAGUCACCCGAGAAAAAGACAGAGUCUUCCUCUGGCCUAGAUAACCCCCUCGACGCCCCUGCCUCCCCCAAACCCCAGAAUGGUGAUGCUGAGCCCGAAGAUGAAGAGAUGGGCGGUACCGAGACUGAUGCCAAGCCUGACACUGAGGGCCUGGAGGAUGCAGCUGGAGAGUCACAGCCUCCGGAAACUGCUACGGAAGGACUUGAGGAUGCAGUGGGCGAGGAUCAGCCGGCACCGAGCAAGUCGGCUUUGGAAGGCAAAGCACGCGAUCAACUCGUUUCUCAAACCCAUGCAAUCAUCCUCCCCAGCUACGCAACCUGGUUUGACAUGAACACCAUCAAUGCCAUCGAGAAAAAGGCACUGGCGGAGUUCUUCAACGGCCGCAACCGAAGCAAGACCCCGGCCACUUACAAAGACUACCGCGACUUCAUGAUUAACACCUACCGCCUGAACCCUAUCGAAUACCUGACUGUCACUGCGUGCCGUCGCAAUCUCGCUGGUGACGUUUGUGCUAUCAUGCGUAUUCACUCUUUCCUUGAGCAGUGGGGCUUGAUUAACUACCAGGUUGACCCCCAAUCCCGACCUUCCAACAUCGGCCCUCCAUUCACUGGCCACUUCCGAGUUAUCGCCGAUACCCCACGAGGCCUGCAGCCCUUCCAGCCUGGCCCCAACCCUGUUGUCACUUCCGGCAAGGCUCUUCCUUCCACCGAGCGCGCCGCCUCGGCGACACCCGCAAAGGCCGAUGUCAACCUCGAGCUGCGCCGCAACAUCUAUGACGAGAAGGGCAAGGAUGUCACAGCAGCUGAGGAUAAGGAGAAGCACACCAACGGCGAAGCAAACGGCAUUGAGCCUUCAGAGCCCAAGAAGAAGUCUCACUGCUUCUCUUGUGGUAUUGACUGCACACGCCUUCGUUUCCACUACGCCAAGUCGACCCCGACAUCCGCCAACACCAACACUCCCGACACCAAGUACGAUCUGUGCCCGAACUGCUUCCUCCAGGGCCGCAUGCCUUCUAGCCACAAUGCUUCCGAUUUUGUGAAGCUUGAAGAUAAGAGUCACUCUCACGUGCCCGACAAGGAUGCUCCGUGGUCCGAUUCAGAGCUUGUCCUGCUGCUGGAGGGUCUGGAGAACUUUGAUGAUAACUGGGAACAGAUUGCGAACCACGUUGGCACGCGGACGCGCGAGGAGUGUGUGAUGAAGUUCUUGUCGUUGGAGAUCGAGGACAAAUAUGUUGAAGACAUCCCCGAGCUACGGUCCGGCGCUGCGCGCGAUCCCAUUAGCCAUGCAGAGAACCCCGUGCUUUCCGUGGUUGCUUUCCUUGCUCAGAUGGCCGAGCCCUCAGUAGCCGCUGCUGCUGCCGGUCGCUCUGUCGAGGAGAUCCGGAAAGAACUCCGCAGCCAGCUGGAGAAGGGUGAUGGUAAGAAGAAGGAGUCUGUCAAGGCCGAGGACUCGAUGGAUGUGGAUACCGUUCGCGAGGGCGAGCAGCAGACCGAGAAGCCCAAGGAGUCUCUGUCAACUGUGGCCUUAGCAGCUUCAGCAGCUCGUGCGGGAGCUCUUGCCUCCCACGAAGAGCGUGAAAUGACCCGUCUGGUUGGCGCCGCUGUCAACGUGACUCUGCAAAAGUUUGAGAUCAAAUUGCAGCAGUUCAACGAGAUGGAGGAGAUCAUCGAGGCUGAGCGUCGGGAACUCGAGCAGGCCCGCCGGCAGCUCUUCCUGGACCGGAUGGCUUUCAAGAAGCGUGUCAUGGAAGCCCAGGAAGCCCUGAAGGUUGUCAGCGACCAGGGUCCCAACGAGCACACUAACGCCAUGCUUGCCAGUGCCGCUACCGCUGGUAUUGGCAACAACUACGGCUUCCAGCCCCAAGCUGGCGAGACUCAACCAGGUGCUCAGCCCUUGAGUGCCGAGGCCGGUGCCGAUUUCAAGUCGCUCGAGCUGUGAGCUGAGCUUUCCCCGAUAUGUGUAUGAUAUCCAAUGGAUGUUUUGGAAGAGGGAUGGCUGAGCGGGCGAUGUUGAAUGCAGACUACCGGGUUCUGGUGGUGUUUUAUGAAUAUUCUUGUUUGAACUUGUCUAUCUGUCUGGCUAGGAAAAGGCGCAGUAUCUUGAUUAUCCGUUGGGAGUUUGAGUCGAUUUUGAUUUCAUCCCUGCAAAAGACCCUUCCCCCCAUCUGGUGGUCUUAGUUUUGGUGAGGAUAACAUUAGGGGGGCUCGGAUGUUUUCUGUUCAUUUUCCAAUUUCUUGUUGGAUGCGUUUACCCUUUUUUUCUUUUUCUAAUCAUAUGUUCGUGAUGGAACCUUUCUCUUUCGAUGAACUUGGUAGACCACUCUUGAACGUUUGGAGUAAAUUUUUGCAUUGCAUUAUGGUAUCUCGUAGUUUCUCCAAAUCAAGUUGUAUAAUGUCGACCGGCGCCUAGUACUAUCGCCGACGACUCUUGGUGUUCUUAUUACUCCUGGCAGGCUGCUCCGCAGGCUGAGCUUGACCUGGCGUCAAAAACGAAUGCAAAAACGCAUCCCAACCGGCUGAACCAUAUCUCGGGGGCUCAACACGCGUGUGUUCCUCAGCCCCAAGCUGUGGCAAAUCACCCUCAUCACCCUUAUCAUCAUCAUCAUCUUCACUGUGUACCACGGACGCAGAAAGAGGCUCCUCAACGCGGCGCCUUUUCCGCCGAUUCUCAACGAGAGCCUCCGCUACAUCACCGACCUCAUACCCGUAUUCCUCCCAUUCACUGCGGUAGAGGGUACGGUCUCGCCAUUGGACCAUGUCCUGAGGGGCUUUGCGCUCCGCGGUGGGUCUGCGCGAGACAUCUUUAUCGUCUUGUUCCGUUGUAAUCGGUGUUUCGAGGCGAGGGGGUGCGGGUUUUUCGAGGAUAUGCCAGAGAGCGAGUUCUUCGCGACGACUGUGUUCCCGGUCGAGGGUGUCGGCGUGCUCUUCUUCCGAGUCGAGGGAGGUUUCGUCUUCGUCUGAUGAGAGAUUCGGAGAGGAGAGUUCGGUUGGUUGUCGGGAUGCCAUGCGGGAAGGUCGGUGUGAGUCUUCCUCGUCAGAAUCAUCCGUGUCGACUCCAUCUUCUUUCAGCGCUUCCUCUGCUUUAUCAUGGUGUGCUGCGAUGGCAUGGGUUGCGUCCCUAGCGCGUUCAAAGUAAUCGGUUUCUCCGUUGAGAAUCUUCUCGGCCUCAUCGUAGUCGAUCGUUGGGGCCUUCCAGCCCUUUCUUUUGAGUUCAUCCUUGAUAACCAAUCCGUUCCGGCGGGCGAGCUUGAGCAGGAAGUUUGUUUGCUUGGGUUUCAUGUUUAGAAUGUUGACGGCGGCCUUGACGUCCUUCCUGCGAACCGCAUUGGCUCGUUCACGGCCGUGAAGGCGCUGACUGCGUAUUCGACUCAUCGCCACGAAUUGAAUCGACUGUAUCAAGCGACGUGUGAUGCUGACGGUCAAAGCAUAAAAGUCCAUCAGCGCGUCGCCGCUGAUAGAUGGGUAUUCGUGUUUCGCCUGGGCGAUAUUCACCCAAUUAUCUUCUUCUUGUGAACCGCCAAAAUUCAUAAAGAACCGCUGUUCAAGAUCAAUCCAGGUUGGGAUAUUAAAUAGGUUGGCAGGAAGGUGAAUGUCGCCGCGCAUGGGGACAUCCAGUUCAGCUGCGAGCAAUUGUUUCGCCUGGGUACUAGUGACAUUCCAAUUAUCCCCAAAACGCAUCCGCGCUGCCAGUACAGUGGCGAGCUCGUCUUUUGCUCUCAGACCACGAGCAUACUCGUCGAGCUCGGCGCAGCAUUUCUCACUGAUCUCGGCGGCGGCGGGAAUGUCUCCCAUGAUGAUGGUCUUGACAUGUCGCUCGACGAGAUGCUGGCUUUCUAGACCGCGAUGGAGUAGUCGUAGAUGGUCCAUCACUUCGAGUUCUGACUUGGUCCCAAUCGCAGCGGCAAUCUCUUUAAUGCCAUUCUUGCCCUUCCUAUCGAGCACAUUGUAUAGAAUUUCUUUUUCCGUUGCAGUCCAGAUCACCGCUCCAUGUUGGUGGACGUUGUGAAUCUCCUCAUCCUCUUUGACCGUCGAAGAAUUGAUAUCGUUUUCGAUUUCCGUCACGAGUGAAGCGUAAGUCUCGAGAAUCUUUGGCGACACACGCUGAAGGUGACCAUGAAGUGUUUCGAAUUGGUUGUCGCGGACGUUCGUGUCUGGGUUUGGCUCCAAGUCGGAGUCCAGGUCUGGGUAGGUCAAAAUGCCAUCCUUGUUAUCUUCAUCUGAUGAGCUAUCCACCACCUCGAUUCGUGAAGAAGAGCGCCGACUACGCGGCUGCUGCGGCUGUUCAUCGACACUAAAGUCGGAGCCGGACUCGGAAAUUUCGUCGGGCGCAAAGGACGACUCGGAACUGCUCAUCGUGCAGGCUUGCAGACUGCCAGCGCAUUAGGUUUGACCAAAUGCGAGGACAUCACAGCUGCACCUGUGAGCUUGAAGAAUUAUUUGCAGACGCAAUGCAGGGCGGAAGCUAAAGCAAAAGAGCUGAGCUCUUCGAGGUCGAGCAGAAUACCGACUUGACGUUAUCGCGCAGCCGAUAAGAAUGUUUGCACUGUUUGUGGCCGCUCUUCAGUCCGCCGAGCUGCUC